UUGUACAACUGUGUAAUUAUAAAAGAUAGUAAAUUAAUGUGCAAUCAUAAAAGAUGAAGUAAAUUAACAGUUUAUAAGUUUUCGAAAUUUGGAAGGAUUAGUUAUUAAAGACUCAGUGGCAGUGUUCGUUUUAUUUUGCCUCUCUGAGUUUUACCGGAAGACACACCUCUAGAAACAAUUUUGAUUUGUAUAAACUAAACUAAUCCUAUUAUAAAUACGAGUUAUGUAUAUGUUUAUUGAGAAGCUUAACAGCAUAUAAAAUAAAUUUCGUUAAAUUCUGAUGCUAAUACUAGGCGAACCUGUUGCGACAUGCUUUGUUUCUUGGCGUGAAAUUUCCUAGCGCUUGUCGAUCUUGGCGUUCAACUAUAGUUAUUCACAAAAUGAGUCGCCAAAAAAGAUUGAGUUUGCAAAUUGUCAAUUAAAUAAUAUUUUUGUCAGAAUUACCACGAACCAAAACUAUUGGUAGGGUAUUUCAUUUUUAUAUCGUUCGAAACUGAUAUGAAACGACUAUGCGCAUUACUUCUGUAGAUUUCAUACGAUUUGUGAUAGACUUUAAGCUAGAUUGCCAUGAAUUUUUCUGUUUUCUUUUCAAACAAAAAUAAACAACUGUCAUCGUCUCGAUUGUUAAACAUGGCUCUGAAUUCUAGCUAUGGAACUUAUAGCUUCAUUAAUCAAUCUAGCUCUUCAACUUUUGAUACCAAAGAGAGUGGCUAUUUCUCGGAGACAUUUUGUUCUUCUCCAGGCUCUAGUUCUUUGGAUUUGGAGAGAUCAGGAGAAUUGUUCAUUUCAGAAAGUUCGAAUAUUGUUGGAUGUAGAAAAAGGAAGAAUUUUAUACCUCAGAGAUCCUCAGAUUUAAGUGAUCCAACAUUUCGAGGUGUGACCAUCAGGAUGGAUAACAAGUUGGUGGAUGGAGAAUGGAAGUUAAUUAUUAAACCAACUUUCAGUCUACCAAGACCAAAAAGAGUUUUUAAGCCAUACCCGGAUAGCUCUGAAGAGGAAGAUAUAAGUAACAACUACACUUCUAGCAAUGAAGAGCAUUUGUGGCUCGCGAAUAAACAAUCUGGAAAUUUUACAGAGAAACAUUGUGCUUCAUGCAGUGUCAAAAAAACACCUCUUUGGAGAGAUGCUGAAGAUGGAACGCCAUUGUGCAAUGCAUGCGGUAUAAGAUACAAAAAGUAUAAAAUGAGAUGUGCUUCAUGCUGGCAUAUACCGAAGAAAGAUGAGUUUCACCCCAGGUGUCGAUCAUGUGGUUCAUCCUAUGUUCCACCCGAAUUCAUAUCUAAGAGAUGAUGGAAUACAUUUACGUGGUUUGAAUGUUUUGAACAUUUCCUUUUUCUAGCUAAAAGUUUUACUCGAAGUAUUGUAAACUGUGAUGCGAUUAUUUAUUUUUAAUUAGUAUAUAUUUUCUGUUAAAUUAUAGCAGAAGUUGCUGCUAUUGUUUGUACCGUUUACUCGUUUUUUGUUAUUAAAAUUUUGUUUCCAGUGUUAGUAAA